AGAUCCAAAAUAACUCGAGCUUCGCUCUCUUGUUAAAACUGUACGAAGUGACCGUUAACUGUUCGCAUUAAAAAAAAUUGUCGAAUCUGCCUUUUUGACGAAGUGCGUGGAAAGAGAUCGUUCACGUGUUUGAAAGAUUACUUGGAACCAUGCCAAAACAAAUCACUGAAAUCAAAGAUUUCUUGUUAACAGCUAGAAGAGCUGAUGCUAAAUCUGUUAAGAUUAAAAAGAACAGGCAAAACACAAAAUUUAAGGUGAGAUGUAGUCGAUACCUGUACACCUUGGUGAUCCAGGAUAAAGAUAAAGCUGAAAAACUUCGUCAGUCUCUUCCACCUGGUUUAAGUGUAAAGGAACUUAAGUAGAAAUAAAGGAAGAUUUCAAGCAUGAAAGUGCUUGAGCAGUA